AUGCCCCGCGGAACAUUAACCCUCCAGGGGGAUCCUAUUCCCGUGUCUGCUCCGCCGUACCCCACCUCCACAAACCAAUUCUCGGGCAUCACCGUCGUCACCAUCGCUUACCGAGUCACGCUCGCAAGCAUCCAACAUCUCAUUCCGGACAUGCUCGAAGUCGAAGAUGAGCCCCUUGUCCAGUCCAUGUUUCUCGAAUACGGAAUGAGCACUGUCGGCGCCUACAACGAAUUCGUCCACCUGGUCGAGGUCACGUACCAAGGAAGGAAGUACGACUUCCCCAUCGUGCUCAUCCUCGACAACGAGUCUGCCAUCUUCGCCGGCAGGGAGGUUUUUGGCUAUCCGAAGGUGUUCGGCCGUGUCGACAUCAAGCGCUCGACCGGGAACGCCGUUCUCCUCGGAAGCGUGCAGCGCCCCAUUGGCGAGGAAGCCGUCAGUUUCGAGUUUUUGCCGGAGCGACGGGCGGACGCGCCGCCGCCAUCGCCAUCGACAGCAGCAAAGCUUGUGUUGAACUUGCGCGUUAUCCCUUCGGCCGUGCCGGGACAGCCGCCAGCCGUCCGGGAACUCGUUCCCGUGCAGAUGGAUAUGGAGCUGAAAGAUAUCUGGUACGGAAAGGGUCGCGUGUCGUUCCCCAAGAAGUCGUUGAUCAAUCCGUGGGCAGAUGCGGAUAUCAUCAAGUACGAGGCGGCCUGGUUUGCAGAAGGGGUUUCGGCAGUGCUUCAAGAUCCGGUGCAGACUUUUGUUAUUUAA